GUGUGUUACAGACCAUUUACCAUAACUGUCCACAUUGAUCAUCGCAGAAAGAAUUAUCUACUAUUUCAAAUUGAAGAAUUAUCAGCUGUGCGAGAUAGAACUCUACGUUCAAUUUCGUGAAAGUAUUUUCGUGAAAGAAUGUGUACUCAAACGAAGGCUGCUGCUCUCAUUGCGAACAUUCCAGAGGCAGAAAUCGACCCGACUGGUGUGUUCAAAUACGUUCUCAUUCGAGUACACAGUAAAGAAGACGGCGACGACUCGAGCGUAGAUAUUGUACGUGGAUAUGCCUGGGCCGAAUAUCAUGCUGAUAUCUAUGACAAGGUAGCAGAGGAGCUUGAGAAAGGAGGGCACCUAGAUUGUGAAUGUAUUGGAGGAGGAAGGAUUAAGCAUGACUGCCAGUCAAAGAAGAUCCACGUCUAUGGCUACUCCAUGGGCUUCGGAAAAGCAAAUCACGCUGUUUCCACAGAGAAACUGAAGGUGCGCUACCCUAAAUACGAGAUCACCUGGGCUGAUGAGGGAUAUUGACCUACACUGGACCCGUCUUGGUUCAGGCCUAUCUCCUUUCUGUGUCAAUAAGUGUGGGCCAAUAGUACACAGCAGAACCUCAGUGGCAUCACAUUAUGUGAGAUCUGAAGACAAACCUGUCAGUACAAAGCUGAAACUGGGACUAAGACUGACACAGUACCUAGUUGCUGACUAAUAUAGCCAGAACAACAGUGCUUGAUUUUCUAUUUUGUUUCAGUGAAACAAUAGAUGGAAAACAUAUUACUUAACAGAAGUCGUUUUAUGUUUAAACAUAAAAUGAAUAAAUGCUUGCGUUGAUUUAAUAAAUGGUAAUGUAUGCUUUAUUAACAUGAAGUCAUGUAGCUAAGGACAUUUACAUCAUAUAAUACCGGUACCUGAAAAGGAUCAAGUAUGAAAUUCCAUCUCCGGUCAUGGAAUCAUAAAACUAUUAUCAUGUUGAGCAAUGUCGAUUUCAAAACACAGGGGAAGUAACGCACUCCAUCUUUCAAAAAUAAUUUCCUCUGGUUUCAGAACAGAAAAACUCCUCUGUCAUUACUUUUGUCUACUUUAUCGCACUGUGCGUCUGUCUAAAUAAAGUUCAUGUUGUUUUGUCA